GGGCGGGUUACUCGCGGGUUCUGUUUUGACACUAUAGUAAAUACGGCGGAGGAAUGAUGAUGACGAUCACGAAACGAAGGCUUUGAUUUCUGGAUUAGGUCACAGAGAACCAGGGGAAGGAAAGUCGUUGAUUCAUUUUCUAAUCCCAAACCAUAGCUACAGUAAAUGAACGGCAGGUCAAAUGCCUCCUAAACCAGAAAUGCGAGCUCCUGCGGAGGUUGUGGAAAUCGAGAGUAGUGAUGACGAAGAUGUUGUGGCAGUUGUUGCGAGGAAGCAACCGCAGAAAACACCUCACUCGCAGUCGCAGCAGCGGAGCUCUAGUUCAGUUCCUCGUAGUACGCCUGGCCACCAGGGUUUAGACUGCCGUAACUUCUGGAAAGCUGGGGGCGCUGAUGUUAUUCCUGUUGUUAGGAAGGCUCCCGCGUCAGGGGAGCUGGAGCAUGCUCGGGUUCAUCCCAAGUUUCUACAUUCGAAUGCCACUUCACAUAAAUGGGCUUUUGGAGCUAUUGCAGAGCUCUUGGAUAAUGCGGUUGAUGAGAUUCAAAAUGGUGCAACCUUCGUGCAAGUGGAUAAAGUAGAAAUCUCAAAGGACAAAUCUCCUGCUUUGCUUUUCCUAGAUGAUGGUGGUGGGAUGAACCCUGAAGGUAUCCGUAAAUGCAUGAGUUUGGGCUAUUCUUCAAAGAAAUCAAAAACGACAAUUGGACAAUAUGGUAAUGGAUUCAAGACAAGUACCAUGCGACUUGGUGCCGAUGUUAUUGUUUUUACCCGUGCUACUUCUGCCAGGUACCUUUUUAUUUGCAAUUUAGAAUGCUAUGCAGUAUGAUGUGUGUUCUUUUCAGGACUAAAUUCGCGUCUUCUGUGGUUAACAUUGGUGUUUCUGAGCAGGAUGAAUAAAUUUGUCUUUGAGGUCACCUGCUUUCUUUUAUGGGUAUCAUCACAUAAAUGUCUCAACUGGAACCUGAUUAAAAAAUUCAGCUCUUGUCUUUUCCCACUUACGGUGUUUCAGAUAUAUUUGGUUGCUAUAGAUGACUGUUCUUGGAAGUUUACAACUCUGUGACUACCAGUCUCCAAAGUUCUAGGAAAGUACCUUCUCUGGCAUGUUGUACAUAAGUGAUCGUUGUCACAGAUAUUUAGUUCUUGAAAUUGUAUUUUGAUCACACUGGAAACUCACACAGAAUGCCAAAAAAAAAAAAAACUAAGGACAAUUUGGUCUUUGGCCAAUUGGAGUUGUAGUUUCAACAAUAUUCAACACUUAUGUUUGAUUGCUUCUUCGUCAGCAAAGCAACGCAAAGUGUGGGUCUCUUAUCAUAUACCUUCUUGCGGAGAACAAGUCAGGAUGACGUUGUUGUUCCAAUGAUUGACUUUGACAUCUCUGGCCAUUGGGCUGAACCAAUUAUAUUCAGCUCACAGGAUGACUGGUCUUCUAACUUGAAAACCAUCCUUGAGUGGUCUCCUUUCACAUGCAAAGAGGAGCUACUGGAACAGCCUAUUGUUAUGACAUUUACUUACCUUCCCAAUUUACUACUUGGACACCAGUUUGAGGGUAUUGGACGGCAUGGAACAAAAAUAUUAAUAUACAACUUAUGGCUGAAUGAUGAGGGUGUGUAUGAGUUGAGCUUUGACGACGACGAUGAGGAUAUAAGGUUGAGAGACGAAGUUAAUCGUGGGGGUCAGGCAAAGCUACACAAAAGAGUAGUUGAGCUUCAGUCUCAUGUUUCUUACCGUCUUCGCUUUUCAUUGAGGGCUUAUGCAUCAGUACUGUACUUAAGAAAAUUCACAAACUUCAAGAUAAUAUUAAGGGGGAAGCCUGUAGAGCAGUACCAUAUUGCUAAACAUUUGUUAUCUCCCAAAAAAGUCAUUUACAAGCCUCAGAUGAGAACGGGUAUCAAUGAGGUUGUUGUCGAAGCCACCCUAGGAUAUAUUCCAGAGGCACCUUUCCCAGUGAGUGGCUUCAAUGUAUACCAUAAAAAUCGCCUUAUCAGGCCUUAUUGGAAAGUCACUGCUGAAGGUUCUUCAAAGGGAAAUGGCGUUGUGGGGGUCCUUGAGGCGAACUUCAUAGAGCCAGCACAUGAUAAACAAGAUUUUGAGAGAUCUUCUGUGUUUAUUAGGCUCGAGACGAAGCUGAAACAGAUUUUGAUGGAAUACUGGAAUGCCCACUGCCAUUUAUUUGGUUAUCAAUCUCCUGCUGAGCGGACAAUGAAGUAUUAUGCCAAAACACAAAAGCCACCGCCCACAAACCAGCUUGACACUGAUCUUUCAUCUUCUUCUGCUCAUGAAAUGAACCACAAUCCACCUCUUCAGCAUCCCAGUUACAACGAACUCAGGAAUAGUGGUCCAAUUGGUCUACCGGCAGAACUACCAGUUACUGGGAUUGCUUCUGGAGCAGGUGAUCAAGUCAAAGUCAAGGAUUCCGGAUCCCAGUCAGUAGAAGCGCUAUGUGAAGAUAACAUACAACUGUUUAUGAGGUGCGAGGAACAACGUCUGCAGGAGAUUGAGUUGAAACAGAAGGUUGAGGAACUAGAAAAACAGGUGGAACAAGCGAAGAGGAAAUGUGCUCAACUUGCUGCUCAUUUGGAGACAAGAAGGAAGCAACAGACUCCUCAAGUUCUAUAACUUGUGGCCACGAGCCAGCUUUGUUGCUGAAACCCUUCUUGAUGUUCGAGGUCCUUGAACUCCCUAACCAUCUUACCUGCUGCAAGGUUUUGUAGCAAGAGUUACUUUGUGGCCAUAUCCAGAAGCAGCUGCACUAUUCAUUCCCUCUUUACUGCUCACUUUUGUCUAGGAGAUGUACAUAUAGAGCAGGGAAACAUAAUCUCGUUCUGUCCAAAAUGUUGAAAUCAAGUAUCUAAUUAAUGUUCCGGGUUGAUUAACAGUCACCUAUGCAGGCUAUGCUAGCAUGUUAGAAAUAUGGUUUUGUUAUAUAAUGCCUAAUUUCUCUAGAACACCACAAAUAUAUACAAAAAUCAUUUGGAUUCUAAAACAUUAAAACAUUAAUAUGACAAGUCUAUCACAAACUUUUGUC